AUGAAGUUUUCAUGUAUGGAGGGCAGGUUGGAAAUUAAGCAAUCAGCUGAAGGAACACAAGAAGUUCCUGGACUCUCUCUGAGAUCUGUUGGAUCUACCAAUGCCAAUGAGCUAAGUAGCCAAUCUCACUGCUUAUUGAGAGUGACAGUUCGUGGGGAGAAUUUGGAAUCCCAAUUCAUAAAUAAAUCACUUUCAGCUUUAGGAGAUGUGAUUUCAGCUCUUGCAUCAAAGACUUCUCACAUUCCUUACAGGAACUCAAAGCUUACCCAUAUUCUUCAGAGCUCUCUAGGAGGUGAUUCUAGAAAACAAACCGAUGUCACUGAGAUAUUCAAGUACAAACAGCUGGUUGAGAAAGCAAAACAUGAUGAGAAAGAAACCAAAAAGUUGCAUAUUCAGUCUCUUCAACUCCGUCUUUCUGCAAGAGAACACAUAUGUAGAACUCUACAAGAAAAGGUGACUGACUACAAUAUCGGAAAAAAGACCUCCAUUAGUUCCUUCCACAUCAAAACUCCGCCUCCCUCUCAGAAGAAUCACAAAUUUUUUUUCCUGAGGUUCAAACACAUCCUAUUGUUAGCUCUUUGGUCAUUAGUUGGAGUAUCACUGAGAUUAUUAGAUACUAUUUCUUUGGGACAAAAGAGGCAUUUGGUUCUACUCCAUACUGGCUUUUAUGACUCAGGUAUAGCACCUUUCUUGUGUUAUAUCCAACUGGCAUCUCAAGAGAAAUUGCUAUGAUCUAUAAUGCAUUGCCUGAUAUGAAGGAGUCUGAAAAGUAUUCCAUAAGGAUGCCCAACAAAUGGAACUUUUCAUUUGAUUACUUCUAUUUUGCUUUUGUGGUGUUAGCAGCUCUAUAAUUCCAUGUAUAAUUUAGGUGGGAAAUCAUCCGUUCUUAUAUGAAGAUUUAUUUGGUUAUUGUUGUUGUAUUAUAAACAUUUAUAACAUUUGC